GGUCGGGAAUGUGUGGUGUGUGGGGCGAUGUCAACUCCCCUGUGGAGAAGGGAUGGCACCGGGCAUUAUAUAUGUAACGCCUGUGGCAUUUACCACAAAAUGGCUGCCAAUGGCCGACCUGAGAGUAAACCUAAUCUAACAGAAAACAGAACGCAAGCCGGAAAUAGUCGGAGAAUGGGAUUGGCAUGCGCCAAUUGUAUGACAAGUACGACAACUCUGUGGAGACGAAAUGCUGAAGGCGAACCAGUGUGUAACGCUUGUGGUCUAUACUAUAAACUCCAUCAGGUGAACCGACCAAUGUCCAUGAAAAAAGAUGGAAUCCAAACCAGAAAGCGGAAACCCAGAACACCUUCAAAA